AUGGCGGACAGAGACAGCGGCAGCGAGCAGGGCGGCGGCGGCGGGGGCGCGGCGGGCGCCGGGGGGCCGGGCGCGGGCGGCGGCGGCCCGGGCGGCGGCGGCGGCGGCGGCGGGGGCCCAGGCGGCGGGCUGCAGCACGAGACGCAGGAGCUGGCCUCCAAGCGGGUGGACAUCCAGAACAAGCGCUUCUACCUGGACGUGAAGCAGAACGCCAAGGGCCGCUUCCUCAAGAUCGCCGAGGUGGGCGCGGGCGGCAACAAGAGCCGCCUGACCCUCUCCAUGUCGGUGGCCGUCGAGUUCCGCGACUACCUGGGCGACUUCAUCGAGCACUACGCGCAGCUGGGGCCCAGCCAGCCCCCCGAGCUGGCGCAGGCGGCCGACGAGCCCCGGCGGGCGCUGAAGAGCGAGUUCCUGGUGCGGGAGAACCGCAAGUACUACAUGGAUCUGAAGGAGAACCAGCGCGGGCGCUUCCUGCGCGUCCGCCAGACCGUGAACCGCGGCCCGGGGCUGGGCUCCACGCAGGGCCAGACCAUCGCGCUGCCCGCGCAGGGCCUCAUCGAGUUCCGCGACGCCCUGGCCAAGCUCAUCGACGACUACGGCGUGGAGGAGGAGCCGGCCGAGCUGCCCGAGGGCACCUCCUUGACUGUGGACAACAAGCGUUUCUUCUUCGACGUGGGUUCCAACAAGUACGGCGUGUUCAUGCGGGUGAGCGAGGUGAAGCCCACCUACCGCAACUCCAUCACCGUCCCCUACAAGGUCUGGGCCAAGUUCGGCCACACCUUCUGCAAGUACUCGGACGAGAUGAAGAAGAUCCAGGAGAAGCAGCGGGACAAGCGCGCCGCCGCCGCCGCCGCCCCCGCCGUGGGCGCCGAGCCGCCCCCCGAGGCCGAGGCGGCCGCCGCCGGGCCGCCCGGCGCGCUGCUGCAGGCCGAGGAGCCCGAGGAGGACUGA